AUGUUCAAAACUUUCAAGCGCUCCAACUAUAUCAAGCUAGGUACAGUUGAGAAUAUAGUCGAGAGCAAAUUCGAGAGCACGAUGGUCAAGGGCCCAGUUAUCGAGACUCAAGCAAGCGAGACAGCAUCCGACAAACUUCCGACUUGCAAGGCCAACUCUUCCAAGGGCCAAUUGAUGGACAAAUCGAUGAAUGAAAUAAAAAAAGCUCAGAAGCCUAAAGACCUUCUUGUCCACCUGUUUUCACCCGAACUGACUAAUGAAGACAAAGAAGAUCUCCUUCAUUAUGCCCCGAGACAUCUAUAUACAAGACGUGAGAACAACCAAGAAGACUUCGAGGAGAUUGAAGCUCAGCUUACAGAGGCAGGCUAUGCCAGACUUGCCCUAUCCCUAUACUGGUGUGUGUUCUGGGAUAGGCCGCAGCCGGAGGGACCAGAAAGCUGGAUUAAGGAACUGAUUGAAAUUGAUAUCGAGCGGCGUUGGAUUGCUCAACGAAAGGUCUGCAUUCAAGAAAAAGUUCAAAAUUUGCAAAUUUCAUCAGAACUACUUCUAUCUUCUGAAGAUGAAGCCAAGCAUGCGUCACAACUCAAGAUUUACAAAGAUCAACUCACAGACCUCAAUAAGAGACAAUGGGCGCUUUCCAGGAAGAAGUGGACCAAAGAAGGGUCCAUAGACUCCUGGUCCUUCGGACGAGCAUAUCAUAUACAAAGAAAAAAUCCAGACUGGUAUCUCUCCGAUCCGCUGGUUGCUGAUUGCGCAGGACGAGGUGGCUGUUGUGGGAAAGGCUGCGGCUGCUGUGAAAGACCACGGACGGUUGAUGGGCUCGAAGAUGGUACCAAUACCCGUGGUCACUGUACUACAGCCUGCAGUUGCUGCCUGAAGGCCCGUGGAAUUGAAGAAUUGGAUGGGGAUAAUGGGGAGAUAAUAGACCUGCAAGAGCUUUAUUUUGAGUACAAAUCUCCCGGUUUGAUGGAUCCGCAUAGCUUUGAGCUGCUGAAGGGCUAUGUUUUUGCUUUUGGCUCGAAAUGA